GUUCCGAAUUCUUGCCCAGUGGAAUUCAUUUUUAAAAUCAUUGAGAAACAGUGAUAUUACUUCUAAAUAGAGAGAUCUAGAGAUAUCUUAAAAACUUUUAUUAUAUAAAGUGACGAAAAAUGCAUCCUAUUGCGAUUAUUUUGACUUUGAUUAGUGUCGCGUAUGUGAGAUCAUACGCAAUGUAUCCUGGAGAGACGGAAGUGUUAAAAAUGCAAUCGACUUCUUCUGAUACUUCUAUGCAAAAUAAUAAUCCUCCGCCGUCUUCGUAUGUUUUUCCGACUUAUCCGGAAUAUAUUAAUAAUACGAAUUCACUUACUGAAAAAAACGAGAAUCAUUCUACCCCGAGAACGAUUAUGCAAACGACUGUACAAACCCCGACAACGGCUGUACAAACAACUUCUCGGUGGUCGUACCAAAAUAUUGUUUCCAGUUUAAUAUCUUUCGCCAAGAAUUUCUACAUCUAUGGUUCUCUCAUUCGCAACUUUGUGAUGCGAUUUUGGAUCGUCAUUUUCAUGGGUAUUAUUUCUACCGGCGUGAUUUGUAUGCAUACAUCAAUCUGCAAGUUUCCGAACAUCGAGAUAAAGAAAUUAGCCAGCACGUAUAUUACGUCUCAAAAUUUGGAUUACUUGACCACGACGAUCUUGGGAGCGCUUGAUAAAUACAGUUCUAUACAGAACAAGGAAGAUAAGGCCGAACAAAAUAAAAGUCAAGAAUAAAAUAAAAAAGUCGAUACAACGAAAACUCAGUGAUACUGUCUAUACAUUUUUUUAAUGCACGAAAUAUAAAAAAACUUAACAUCUUACAAAAAAAUUUAACAUCUAUUUAAUUUGUUUGUCAUCAUUUCGUAUAUAUUUUAUACUAUAUCCACUUUUAUA